AUGUCUGAUUCUGGUUUCAUGCUCAUCUACGAGCCAAAUACCGCGUCAAAAACCACGGUGUCAGAAUUGAAACUGCUUUUGGAAAAGAGCAAAGAUGAAGCUAAAAUUCUGGCAAUGAAGCGAAUUAUUACAACCGUUUUGAACGGCGAUCCGAUGCCCGAAUUAUUGAUGCAUAUUAUUCGGUUCAUCAUGCCUUCCAGAAAUAAGGAAUUAAAAAAAUUGUUGUACUUCUACUGGGAGGUAUGCCCGAAAUUGGACAACCAAGGCAAGAUGAGACAUGAGAUGAUCUUGGUCUGCAAUGCUAUUCAGCAUGAUUUACAGCAUCCCAAUGAGUACAUCAGAGGUAAUACAUUGCGCUUCUUGUGCAAGUUGAAGGAGCCUGAGUUGUUGGAGACCUUGAUUCCUAACGUUCGUCAGUGUUUGGUACACAGACACGCUUAUGUCAGAAAGAAUGCGAUAUUUGCAUUAUACUCCAUUUAUAGAGUUUCUAACCAUCUUAUUCCUGAUGCCCCAGAGUUACUUUACAGUUUCUUGUUGGAGGAGUUCGACUCUGUAUGCAAGAGAAAUGCCUUUGUUUGCUUGAGCGAUUUGAGCAGAGACGCUACUUUACUGUACAUUCAAGACAAUGUCUAUCAGAUUGAGAAUCUAGACUCACUUUUGCAAUUAGCUUUUGUGGAGUUCAUUCGAAAGGAUGCUCAAACUGCUGUUACUUUGAGACAGCAGUAUGUGCUUUUGAUAUCAGAAAUUAUUGAAUCUUCAUCUAAUGUCGUGGUUUAUGAAGCUGCGAUCACAUUAACGGCAUUGUCUGCGUCUACCGAGUCUAUGCUAUUGGCCGGUAAUAAAUUCGUGGAACUCGCGACAAAAGAGGCCGACAAUAAUGUGAAAAUUAUCUCGUUAGAACGGUUGGGUGAAUUAAACCGAAAGAGCCCUGGGGUCUUGCAGGAUUUGUGCUUGGAUAUAUUGGGUGUGUUGUCCACCCAUGAUAUCGAUGUCCGUCGCAAAGCUCUUGACGUGACUUUGCAAUUGAUCACAAGCAGAAAUGUCGAAGACGUUGUAAAAUUGCUCAAAAAGGAAUUGCAAAGAGUUUCUAACGCAAGUGAAGACAGUGCUGCUGAGUAUCGCCAGUUGUUGGUGAAUGCAAUCCAUAAGCUAGCAAUUGACUUUAGUGAAGUUGCGACAAAUGUCAUUGACUUGCUUUUGGAUUCAAUCGGUGACCUUACAAAUGCAGCAGCAUAUGACGUGAUAACAUUUGUUAAGGAAGUUGUUGAGAAGUUCCCUGACUUGAGGGAAUCGAUUAUUCACAAAUUGAUUAAGAGUUUGCCGGAGGUCAAAUCCGGGAAAGUUUUUCGCGGUGCAUUCUGGGUUUUGGGUGAAUACUCAUUGAGCGAACAGUGCAUAAAGGAUGCCUGGAAAUUUGUGAGAUCUAGUAUUGGAGAAGUGCCAAUGUUAGCCAGCGAAAAAAGGCAUCUAGACGGUAAUGCAGUGGAAGUCGAUAAUUCUGACACUGACAACGCUGAAUCAAGUAAGUCAAAAAGAGGACCUGUUGUUUUGCCAGAUGGCACUUAUGCUACUGAAAGUGCUUUGCUUCCUUCCAAUGAUUCGAAUGAAGACGCAAACGCCUUACGUGUCCGUAAACUUAUUUUAAGUGGCGAUUUCUACUUGGCGUCAGUGUUAUCCUCGACCCUUGUAAAAUUCGUCUUAAGAUUAGGACGCCUAAAGACGGCAGAGAGAAAUUUGAAUGCAUUAAAGGCGGAGGCGCUCUUAAUUAUGGUGUCCAUAUUACGUAUCGGUGAAUCAGGUUUUGUGGCUAGAAGAAUUGAUGAGGAUUCAGCUGACAGAAUCUUAUCAUGUAUCAGAUUCUUGACAGAUGACAAUGAUCGAGAAUCCAUUGAGAAGGGUUUUUUGGAGGACACCAAAGAAGCAUACAAAUCUCAAGUUGAGACAGAGCUGAAAAAGCAGGCUGAGGCUCAAGCGAAGGAUUUGCAAGAUAAUGCAGAGCAUGUUGAUGAUGCUAUCGUUUUCAGGCAAGUUGAUAAGAACGGAAGCUCGGUAGCUGCUGUCAACGAUGACCUUAUGCUUGCCUCUGGAACAACAUCUAAAAAGGAAAACUUGUCCUCCCGUCUCAACAAAAUCUUACAGUUGACCGGAUUCUCUGACCCUAUUUAUGCAGAAGCAUACGUCAAGGUUCACCAAUUCGACGUAACGUUGGAAGUAUUGUUAGUCAACCAAACUACCAAUACCUUAAGAAAUCUCUCUGUGGAAUUUGCAACGUUGGGAGACUUGAAAGUUGUGGACAAUGGUGCCACUGCAAACAUCGGCCCUUACGGCUUUUACAACAUUUCUGUUACCGUAAAAGUGACAAGUGCCGAUACAGGAGUCAUUUUUGGCAAUAUUGUCUACGACGGUCAGCAUUCGGAUGAUUCUACCAUCGUCAUUCUCAAUGAUGUUCAUGUAGAUAUCAUGGACUACAUAAAGCCAGCUACGUGUACGGAAAGUGCUUUUAGGAAAAUGUGGAAUGAGUUUGAGUGGGAGAACAAAAUAACUAUCAAGUCCAAGAAGACAUCAUUAAAAGAAUAUUUGGAUGAUCUAAUGGCAGGUACCAACAUGAACUGUUUGACACCGGGGGCUGUUGUUGGGGAACAAUGCAACUUUUUGGCCGCUAAUCUUUAUUCACGUUCGUCAUUUGGUGAGGAUGCUUUAGCAAAUUUGUGUAUCGAGAAGCUGAGCGAUGGAUAUAUUAUCGGACACGUCAGAAUCAGGUCUAAGGGCCAAGGGCUUGCCCUCUCUUUAGGCGAUCGUGUUGCUUCCAUUUCAAGAAAAUCGAAGGAACUAAAAGUUUCUCGCGUUUGA